AUGGCGGCCUCCUCAGAACCAUGGGUAAUCAUCGUCGGAGCUGGACCUUCCGGCCUUUUACUAGGCCUACUACUGGCACGUCGAGGAAUCCCCGUGCAUCUCAUUGAUCAAACAGAGAAGCUUGACGAACAACCAAGAGCAACCCAUUAUGCCUCUCCGGCGAUGUGGGAAUUGAGACGAGCUGGUGUCACGGAGGACAUUCGUGCGGCAGGAUUUAUUCCAAACAGAAUAUGUUGGCGGAAACUGGACGGAACUUAUCUCGCUGGUCUGGAUACCAGGGUCGUAGGAGAUGAUCCUGAUCGAAUGGUCUGCCUGCCAUUAAAUCAACUCGGUAGGAUUCUGUAUGACCACUUGACACGCAAUGCGUGUGCAACUGUGUCUUGGGGUCAAAAAGUCGUAUCUCUCGGCCAAGACGAAAACGCAGCUUGGGUCAAUGUCGAAACGCCCAUUGGCGAGAAAACUCUCCGCGCAAAAUAUAUCGUUGGUUGUGAUGGUGCAAACAGUCAGAUACGCCGAUCGCUGUUCGGUGACUGGGAAUUCCCAGGAAAGACGUGGGAUGAGCAGAUAGUUGCAACGAACACAUACUACGAUUUCGAAAAGUUCGGCUGGGAGGACUCGAAUUUCAUUAUACACCCUGAACACUGGUUUAUGGCUGCCAAAAUCACCAAGGACGGGCUAUACCGAGUGACAUAUGGGGAACUGGCUGGCCUCACAACCGAAGAGCUUCGUCAACGUCAACCAGAGAAAUUCAGAACCAUGCUGCCCGGUCACCCUGGACCAGAAGACUAUAAAAUCGUCAAUUUCAGUCCUUAUAAGAUCCACCAGCGCCUAGCCCCGAGCAUGAGAGUCGGGAGGUUUUGUUUAGCCGCAGAUGCUGCACAUUUGUGUAACCCUUUCGGUGGAAUGGGCUUGACAGGUGGGAUCGUUGAUAUCGGUGGCCUGUUUGACUGUCUUGUUGGUAUUUACGAUGGCCAGGCCGACGAUACAAUACUAGAUAAGUACUCCGAGAUUCGCCGCCAGAAGUAUAACGAAAUUACAAACCCCAUCUCUACUCAAAACAUACUGCGACUACAUUCUCAAGACCCCGAAAAGGCACUGGAGAAUGAUCAAUUCUUGCAAUUGUUGAAACGAGCGGAGUCAGACGAUGAUUUUUCCAGAGAACUUCAGGAUGGUAUCAAUUCGCUCAAGCACGAUUUCACACAGUAUUAUCAAAAGGCUCCCGAACCGAAUGGAGAUAAGACUGCUGGGAAUGUUUAUCCGGCCCCUGGUCUACCUCUUCAAGCAGCUUCUGUCGGUGUCUCGGACUAG